GACUACAGUGCUAAACCCAUGUGUAAAAAUUAAAUUAAAUAAAUAAGCCGUCCCCUCUCUCCACUCCCACAUUUAUAAAGGAAGGCCCGCAACGCAUUUUCGCAACGCUCAGAUUCCCUUCCGACUCAACGCCCUGCACAUGUGAACCGCAAUCAAUCAACGGGGGUUGAAGCAUCUGGAAAUCCGUUCUCCGCUUUCUUCGUCUUCACGCCGGUAAUCGCCGAUUCUGAUCCGUUUCACGGAUCUCGAUCAUCAGAUUCGCCGACUCCUGAUCUGGACAGUUCGAUCCGCGAGUCUCGCGGCGUUCCGGAAUCCGAUCGGAUCGUCGGCGAUGGAGUCGAGUGUUUUUGUUUCGAAUCCAGUUACGAACACGGCGAGUAGAGCGGCGGCGAGCAGGAGGAGGAAGCAGAAGAGAAGUCUUCCUUCCGGCGCGCAGAGUCAAGAUGCGAACGGUAUCAGCUCGGCUGCUGAUUGGAAGUCGGAAUCUCAGCAGCAAGUUUACUCCUCUAGGCUUCUCGGAGCUCUGCGGACGCUCCGGAUAAGUCCGCCGCCGGGGACGGCGACGGCGCCGAAGGGAGGAAGAGCUGUUCGGGAAGUGGCGGACAGAGUUUUGGCGGUUACAGCCAAAGGCCGAACCAGGUGGAGCCGUGCGAUCCUCACCAACCGCCUCAAGCUGAAGUUCAUGAAGAGGAACAACAAGCGGCAGAGAGUCGUGGCCGCGGCUGCGGCAGUGGCGGCUAGAGGGAGUAGUCGACUUCCGAAGAAGCCGAGAUUGAGCAUUCUCCGGCUGAAAAUGAAGAAUUUACAGACUGUACAGAGGAAGGGUCGGGCAUUGGGCCGGAUAAUACCCGGUUGCCGGAAACAGCCGCUGCCGGUGGUUCUAGAAGAAGCCACCGAUUAUAUAGCUGCGCUGGAAAUGCAAGUCCGAGCCAUGAGCACUUUAGCCGAUCUACUUUCGGGCGCUUCAUCUUCAAGCUCAGCUCCUCCUCCUCUUCCACCAUCAUCUUGAUGAUGAACAUUCAAUUCAUUUUCUGAUCUUAAUUUUAUUUUCUACAAUUCCUAUGUUUUAGUAGUAUCAAAUCUUCCCCUGUAAAAUGCAUUUUCUACUUGCCCCAAAAAACUUAUAUAUACUCUGUAUUUUUCAACUGGGAUUUAACCAGAUAACCAUACAACUAUUGCAAAUAAAUCUUGUGCCUUGGUGGAAUGUGUAAUUGUGAGUUUCUACUCCGCUUGAAUUUGACCCUGCACAAUGGAGAAGUCCUAUGUUUAGUGUACCC